AUGCAGGUCGUCUGCAGCUUUGCACGAUGUUUCAGUUUCUACAGUGAUUUUGCUAUUUUCUUUCAAGCACUUUCAGAAGCUCGAGGCGCAGCAGUAGUAGUGUUUCAACUUAUUGACGAGGGAAAUGAAGCUAGCUUCAAUGAAACAGACAUAUGGAAAGAGGAUACAGAAUCGAUCUAUAAUAUCAAUGGUGAUAUUGAAUUGGACAAUGUCAACUUUACUUAUCCAUGUCGAAAAGAAGUAUCAGUUCUGCAUAAUCUCUCUCUUAUUGCUCGUGCUGGUCAGACAACGGCUCUUGUAGGUUCAAGUGGCUGUGGAAAAAGUACAUGUAUAUCACUGUUGCUUCGUUAUUAUGAACCUUCCUUGGGUCAAAUAACGAUCGAUGGUCGGUCAAUAACAGAUUACAAUGUCAAACAACUGCGGCAAAACAUUGGAGUUGUUAGUCAAGAACCUAUUCUGUUUAGUAUGAGUAUUUAUGAAAAUAUUCGUUUUGGUAAAGUAAAUGCAACACAAGCAGAAAUUGAAAAUGCAGCACGAGAAGCAAAUGCACAUAAUUUCAUCAUGCAAUUACCAUAUAAAUAUGAAACACUUGUUGGUGAACGUGGUAUACAGUUGAGUGGUGGUGAAAAACAACGUAUUGCAUUGGCUCGUGCUCUUGUCAAGCAACCAAUUGUCCUUUUACUGGAUGAAGCAACAAGUGCGCUUGAUAAUGUUAGCGAAAAAAUUGUUCAAGAAGCGCUCGAUCAAGCAUGCAAAGGUCGUACAACUAUUGUUAUUGCUCAUCGUUUGACUACAAUUCAUAAGGCUCAUCAAAUAUAUGUAUUAGAUAAUGGAACUGUGAUUGAGCAUGGUACACAUGAAAGAUUAAUGGCAAAAGAAGGAGGAAAAUAUCAAGCAAUGAUCAAACGUCAACAAACGGAAAAAAUUGAUGAUGACAACGAUGAUCUGAUGAACAUACAAAAAGCAACAGAAGAAGAUGAAAAGUCGAUAUGUCAACGUGUGGCUCUUGUUGGUACAUCUGGAUGUGGAAAAUCGACAAUUAUUCAACUUUUAGAACGAUUCUAUGAUGUUACAAGUGGCCAACUACUUCUUGAUGGUAUUGAUAUUCGACAACUAAACCUACAUUGGGUUCGUUCUCAGAUUGGCCUUGUGAGUCAAGAACCAAUCUUGUUCGAUUUAACAAUAGCUGAAAAUAUAACAUAUGGCUUAGAAAAUAUUCCAAUGGAAGACAUUGUUAAUGCAGCUCGUAAAGCUAACAUUCAUCAGUUUAUUGAGCAACUGCCUCAGGGUUACGAAACAAGAGUAGGGUUGAAAGGCAGUUUCCUGUCGGGUGGUGAGAAACAACGUAUUGCUAUUGCUCGAGUUCUUGUUCGUCGACCUAAAGUAUUGCUCUUAGAUGAAGCUACGAGUGCUAUGGAUUCACACAAUGAACAAAUUGUUCAAGAAGCUCUUGUAAAAGCUCAAAUGGAAGACCCUAGUCGAACAUUACUCAUUGUUGCUCAUCGUCUUUCAACAAUUCGUUCAUGUGAUUUGAUUUAUGUGCUGGCUAGUCGACAUAUAGUAGAAAAUGGUACUCAUACACAACUGAUACAACGACGUGGAGCUUAUUAUAAAAUGCUAGCUCAAAACAAUUUACAAUGA